AUGCCAUUCUCGCACCAUAGUCAUUCGGGCCAAUUCUGCCCUGGCCAUGCCCAAAACUCAUUGGAAGAUGUGAUUCAAACUGCCAUCAGCAAGAAGAUGCAGGUCUUCUGUCUGACCGAACAUAUGCCCCGCCAUAAAGAAGAUUUCUAUCCCGAGGAAUUGGAAUCUGGCAAUACAGAAGAAAGCCAUGCCGCAAACGAAGCGGCUUACUGGAAGGAAGCGGUCUUUCUCCGCGAGAAAUACGCCUCCCAGAUCAAGAUCAUCAUCGGCUUCGAGAUUGACUGGAUCCGACCCGCGUCUAAAGAUUUGAUCGAACGCUCACUUUCACGGUUCCCCUUCGAGUUCUUCGUUGGCUCGGUUCACCACAUGCACACCGUGCCAAUUGACUAUGACCAGCCUAUGUACGCCCAGGCUCGAGACAAAGCCGGUGGAACAGAUGAGCGACUAUUCGAGGACUACUUCGAUGCACAGCUGGAUAUGUUGAAGCAGCUCAAACCACUCGUCGUGGGUCAUUUUGAUUUAAUUCGUCUGAAGAGCGAUGACAUGGAGCGCAGCUUUACUACCUGGCCUGGUGUCUGGAGUAAGAUUUUACGGAACUUGGAUUUUAUUGCCUCAUACGGCGGGAUUCUUGAGCUCAACUCGGCUGCGUUGCGCAAGGGAAUGACUGAACCAUAUCCUAAAGCGGAGAUUUGCAAGGCAAGUACAUGUCCCUUUGCUAAACAUCUUAUGGCUGAUUUGAUGGUUGUAGGAAUUCGUGGCGCGUAA